CACUUUGUUGAUGGCGCGACGCGAAACGAAUAACCGUAUUUGGCGGGCUCCAUCGCAGCUAUUGCCACCAGGCUAAAGUAACUGCCGAUGUCAGUGGAACUGCUGAAGUUAGGUCUAGGGUUAGGGAAGGGCAUCGCACAACGCACAAACCAGGAAAAGAAAAGCGGAGCGUUGCGGUGGAGGGGAAAGAUAGAAAAUUUGAAGAAAAAGGAAAGGAAAAAGAAAAAAAUAGAUGGAAAACUUGUCAGACGGAAUUCCGGAGUACCAACCCACAGAUGGAGCAGCUUAUCAGCUGGAAAGAGCGGGUUCAUCAUUGAGUGGGUCGCUUUCAUUAUCGAGAAUCUGCUCUUUCAAAAAUUUUCAUCGUCUGGGACCCGUGUCUUCUGCUUUGACACCGUAUGCUCUGGAAACUUGUUGUUCAUCCAAGAAGUUGUGGGACCUCUCAUGACAGCAGACCAUAUUUUCAGUGCCAUGUGUAGAAGAGCGAUGCCCAACCUGAUGGUAUCUAGAAGCGGUCAAGAAAUCCUUCCACGGGGAUUCAAGAUCAAUCCCCAACGGCACCGAGACGGUGAUGGUUGACAUCCUUCACCGACUCCAGGGAUGCCCGCCUAGGAUAUUCCAGACCGUUCGGAGA